GGUGUAGGCUUCCCUCACGGAUUAGAAAGAAGAUGUCUUGCGCUGAGUAUUCUUUUCAUGUGCCAAGUCUAGAGGAGCUUGUUGGAGUUCUGCAGAAGGGGCUAACGGAUAACUUUGCUGAUGUCCAGGUCUCUGUAGUUGAUUGCCCUAAUUUGACCAAGGAGCCAUUUACCUUUCCCAUAAAAGGUAUCUGUGGGAAAACUAGAAUUGCAGAAGUAGGAGGUGUGCCUUACUUAUUGCCUCUUACAAAUAAAAAAAAAGUUUAUGAUCUAAAUAAAAUCGCAAAAGAAAUCCAGCUUCCUGGAGCUUUUGUUCUUGGAGCAGGAGCAGGCCCAUUUCAGACUCUUGGAUUCAAUUCUGAGUUUAUGCCAGUUGUUCAAACAGAAAGUGAACACAAACCUCCUGUGAAUGGAAGUUACUUUGCUCAUGUUAACUCUGCAGAUGGAGGGUGCCUACUUGAGAAAUACAGUGAGAAAUAUCAUGAUUUUGGAUUUGCAUUACUGGCUAAUCUUUUUGCCAGUGAAGGCCAACCUGGAAAGGUCAUUGAGGUGAAAGCCAAAAGAAGAACUGGAAAACUUAACUUUGUGACUUGUAUGAGACAGACUCUUGAAAAACAUUAUGGAGAUAAGCCUGUAGGAAUGGGAGGUACUUUCGUGAUUCAGAAGGGAAAAGUGAAGACUCAUAUUAAGCCAGCAGAAUUUUCUUCCUGCCCAUUGAACUCUGAUGAAGACGUGAAUAAAUGGUUACGUUUUUAUGAGAUGAAGGCUCCUUUGGUUUGUCUGCCAGUUUUUAUCUCCAGAGACCCAGGGUUUGAUUUGCGGUUGGAGCACACUCAUUGUUUUAGUCAUCAUGGAGAAGGUGGACACUACCAUUAUGACACCACCCCAGAUAUAGUGGAAUAUCUUGGAUACUUCUUACCUGCAGAGUUUCUCUAUUGCAUUGAUCAACCAACAGAGACCCAUUCAUUUGGGCGAGAUUAAAUCAACUGAUACUCGUUUGACUGAUUAACUCAUUAAUUGAUACUAAUAUAAAGCCUAAUAGAAAUGAUAUCACUACUUAAUAAGCCCUAUUUUUUUCGGCCUUUGAAAUGAAAGGUAUGUCGACACCAUGCUCUGUAUUACUUCACAGAUGUAUCUGAAAGGGAUUAUUGGGAACAAAGACACAUGAUGGAGAUGUUCUUCAUUCUUUUUAUUCUAAAAAUCAGUCUUGGGCUUCCCUGGUGGCACAGUGGUUGAGAGUCCGCCUGCCGAUGCAGGGGACCCGGGUUCGUGCCCUGGUCCAGGAAGAUCCCACAUGCCGUGGAGCGGCUGGGCCCGUGGGCCAUGGCCGCUGAGCCUGUGCAUCCGGAGCCUGUGCUCCGCAACGGGAGAGGCCACAACAGUGAGAGGCCCGCAUACCACACACACACAAAAAAAUCAGUCUUAUGUUUAUAAUUAAAUAUAAACAGGAUUAAGAAUCAAGUGAUGAUUCCUACUAGCUAAUGGCAAUAAUUUACAUUUGUAUAUUCAGUUUUUCAAGUUAGUCUUACAACUGCUAAGUGGAUGUUUCUGGGUAUUAGAAAAAUCAGUGCUGGAAAUGUUGAUAGUUGUUAAAUCUUUCUACUGAAUUUUUAA